AUGAGAGUUCAAGACACACAUGGAAGUGCUGGUAAAGUGUGUGUUUAUCUAUGCAAUCGAGAAUUAUGGGUGAAAUUUCAUCAACAUACUUGUGAAAUGAUCAUUACGAAACAAGGACGACGCAUGUUUCCAACCCUACAGUACAGCCUGACCGGCCUGGAACCUACCAAACAAUACAAUGUAUUUGUAGACAUGAUCCUUGCUGACCCCAACCAUUGGAAAUUUCAAUCAGGACGGUGGGUGCCAUGUGGGGCCGCUGAACAACUUCCUCAAACUGGACGAGUGUAUCUUCAUCCCGACUCCCCUAACACUGGCAGCCAUUGGAUGAAACAAGAUAUCGUCUUCAGUAAACUAAAACUAACUAACAACAAAAAUAGUGACGGUCAUGGCGGAGUGGUAAGUAUUGUUCUCAACUCCAUGCACAAAUACCAACCCAGAUUGCACGUGAUUGAGGUCGGAGCUCCUGGUGAGCAAAAGAAGCUUCUCACUCACAGUUUUACCGAGACACAGUUUAUUGGCGUGACAGCCUACCAAAACACUGACAUUACUCAGCUGAAAAUCGACCACAAUCCUUUCGCCAAGGGCUUCCGA